AUGGCGUUUAUGAGACUUGGCUCCAAAUCCGAAGCUUUCCAUCGCGAAGGCCAAACCUGGCUUUGCACCACAGGGCUCGUGAGUGAUGUUACCAUCGAAGUUGGAGACAUGAAGUUUCAUCUCCACAAGUUCCCAUUGCUCUCUCGAAGUGGCCUUCUUGAGAGGCUAAUCGAAGAGUCAUCAACCGACGAUGGGUCAGGCUGUGUUUUGAGUCUCGACGAAGUCCCAGGAGGCGGCAAAACGUUCGAGCUGAUAACGAAAUUCUGCUACGGUGUGAAGAUCGAGCUCACCGCGUUCAACGUUGUUAGCCUCAGAUGUGCAGCUGAGUACCUCGAGAUGACUGACAACUACGGAGAAGGCAAUCUCGUUGGCAUGACUGAGACUUUCCUCAACGAAGUGUUUGGGAACUGGACUGACUCCAUCAAGUCUCUCCAGACUUGCGAGGAAGUCACUGAUUACGCUGAAGAUCUCCACAUCAUCUCCAGAUGCGUUGAUUCUUUAGCCAUCAAAGCUUGCGCUGACCCGAGCCUUUUCAACUGGCCAGCGAAGAAUGCAACGAGCGACAAGAACACUGAAGACGCUUCUGAGUCUCAUCUAUGGAACGGGAUCUCAGCUUCUGGAAAGAUGCUGCAACAACCUACGGGUGAAGAUUGGUGGUUUGAUGACGCUUCUUUCCUCAGCUUGCCUCUCUUCAAAAGACUCAUCACCGCUAUCGAAUCACGAGGCAUGAAGCUCGAGAACAUUGCCAUGGCGGUUAUGUACUACACGAGGAAGCACGUUCCUCUGAUGAACAGACAAGCGACCAUUGACGAGCAGGUGAUGGACACGCCAACAACAACAACUCCUUCUGAGUCAGAGCAGAAGGAAGCCCUUGAAGAGAUCGUCGGGUUGCUUCCGAGAAAGAAAGGUGUGAACCCGACCAAGUUUCUCCUCAGGCUGCUUCAAACUGCAAUGGUGCUUCACGCGAGCCAGUCCUCGAGGGAGGAUCUUGAGAGACGUAUUGGGAAUCAGCUGGACCAAGCUGCUCUGGUUGAUCUUCUUAUACCAAACAUGGGAUACUCUGAAACGCUUUACGACGUCGAAUGCGUUCUGAGGAUGAUCGAACAGUUUGUUUCUUCGACGGAGCAAGCAGGGGUCGUCCCUUCUCCUUGCAUCAUCGAGGAAGGACAUUUGGUGAAGGAUGGUUCCGAUUUGCUUACUCCGUCGACGUUAGUGGCAACUCUCGUUGACGGUUAUCUCGCGGAGGUGGCGCCUGAUGUUAACCUGAAGCUGGCAAAGUUCGAGUCCAUCGCUGCUGCGAUCCCUGACUAUGCAAGACCACUAGAUGAUGGUGUUUAUCACGCAAUCGAUGUCUACUUGAAGGCGCAUCCGUGGAUUACGGAUUCGGAGAGGGAGCAUAUAUGUAGGCUGAUGAAUUGCCAGAAGCUGUCACUGGAAGCUAGCACGCAUGCUGCACAGAACGAGAGGCUGCCUCUACGUGUGAUUGUUCAGGUUCUGUUUUUCGAGCAGCUUAGGCUCAGGACAUCUGUAUCGGGCUGGUUCUUUGUCUCUGAGAACCUAGACAACCCUGAGAAUCCCAACGGAGGCAAUGGGGGUAUGCUUAAACCGAGAGGUGAGAACGUGAGAGAGAGGGUUUCUGAGCUGGAGAAAGAGUGUAUGACCAUGAAGCAAGAACUUCAGAAGCUGGUGAGGUCCAAGAGAAGUUGGAAGAAUUUCACUAGGAAGCUCAACUUCAAGAAGAAAUCAGAAUGCUGCAAGCCCAAGGAUCAAGCAACUCCAGCAAUUUAG